UAACAUCAUUUUGUGACUCCCUUCGAACCAGGAAAAUGUAUGCAGCUGUUACCCUACUCGUCUUCAUGUGCUUGACUGCCACCACUCGUGCAGAUCACCAUCAUCAUCCCUGUCAUUCACCCAACAUGACAGGAUUCAUGAGUGUGAUAACCAUAAAGGGUGACGUGAAAGCAUACGGUGCAUUCACUUACGACUCAAUGGGCAAGAAGCUACGAUUCAGAUCAAACGAGAGCAACCCUACAAACACUUCACUAGCUGUGGAUCUGCUGAUGUUUUUUGAUGAGGGGAUAUUCUACGAGAUUGACAGCAAAAACCAGAGCUGUGAGAAGAAAAAGCUGCAAUGCACCCUGCACCCUUUAGACAUUCCUGAUGACGCCAAAUUUAUGUCAACGCUUAAUUUUGGGAAUCCAUCCAUUGAAGGGGAGGGAGUAAAACUCAACUCCUGGACAGGGUCAAUGCCAGGCACGAAAGGCAAAUACGUCAUAUAUGUAACCACGGGAUGUUUGCCUGUGAGCACCUUCUACUUCACUGAGUCCAUGUCAUUCUUUAUCGGCACCACGGAGAUCGAAAACGAGAUCAAGGACCCCGAGCUCCUCCUGGUGCCUUCCUUUUGUCAGGGACUGCCUGUGGAGGACACACCUGAGGGGACAGUAAACAGUUUCUUCCAUGAGUUCAUGUAGAAGAAGCCUCAUCAGCAAAAAAAAAAAUGAAACCCCUAACCAAGCAUGGCCAGCCACAACUAUAGACUUUUCUCUCCUUUUCACGUCACUCAAGUUUUUUCUUGUGACACUGCACUGCAUCACAUCUGUUUCCAUCACAUCUUCCCUAUCACAUCCCUAUGAAGAUAUGGCUUUGAACGGCUCAUAUAUAUGUACACGUACAUUUGGAUGUGAAAAAAAAAACAAAAAACAAAAGAUGCAACAUGGAUUAUAGAAUUAGUCAUAAUCACUAACAGUCGGUGGCUU